CUUGCUGAUCUGACAGAGAAAGGAUUCUGGUGGCUCCAGGUGAAGGUCUGGUCUGUGGCUGCGGUCUCCAUCUCACUCCUCAGCGCCUGUUUCAUUGUGCGCUCUGUGGUGACUUACAAUAAUUCUGUGUAUAGCAAAACCAUCAAGAAGCUGUCCAAGUUACGAGAAUAUCAACAGAAUUAUUCAAGUCUGACCUGCGUCACUGGAGAAAAGGAGGUAGAAGACUGGAGCUGCUGCCCAACACUGUGGAGUUCAUUUCAGUCUAGCUGCUACUUUGUUUCUACUGUGAGGCAAUCUUGGGCCGAGCAUUGGAAGAACUGCUCCAUGAUGGGGGCUCAUCUAGCCGUGAUCAGCACUGAGGAUGAAGAGGAUUUUAUCAUCCAGAAUCUGAAUGAAGAUUCUGCCUAUUUUAUGGGGCUGUCAGAUCCAGAAGGUCAGAGACAUUGGCAAUGGGUUGAUCAGACACCAUACAACAAAAGUGCCACAUUCUGGCACUCAGGUGAACCCAAUGACCCUUUAGAGCGUUGUGUCGUAGUAAAUUUUCGUCAUCCUUCACGAAAAUGGGGCUGGAAUGAUGUUCGUUGUCAUGAACCUGAGAAGUCAAUUUGUGAGAUGAUGAAGAUCUACUUAUAAAUGGAACAUUU